GAGCUUCUCAGCGUUUUAACUCAGUUUGUUUUUUGUCAGUUGGUGAGGCCACCCCAACAACACAGCAGUCAUGGACGCCAUCAAGAAGAAGAUGCAGAUGCUUAAGCUUGACAAGGAGAAUGCCCUGGACAGAGCUGAGAGAGCUGAGGGAGACAAGAAGGCAGCGGAGGACAAGAGCAAACAGCUUGAGGAUGACCUGGUAACGCUGCAGAAGAAGUUGAAAGGAACAGAGGAUGAGUUGGACAAGUACUCUGAGUCUCUUAAGGAUGCCCAGGAGAAACUUGAACUCGCCGAGAAGAAAGCCACAGACGCCGAGGCUGAUGUAGCUUCCCUGAACAGACGUAUCCAACUGGUUGAGGAGGAGUUGGAUCGUGCUCAGGAGCGUCUGGCCACAGCUCUGACCAAGCUGGAGGAGGCUGAGAAGGCUGCUGAUGAGAGUGAGAGAGGCAUGAAGGUGAUUGAAAACAGAGCAUCGAAGGAUGAGGAGAAGAUGGAGCUGCAGGAGAUCCAGCUGAAGGAGGCCAAGCACAUCGCUGAGGAGGCUGACAGGAAAUACGAGGAGGUCGCCCGUAAGCUGGUCAUCAUUGAGAGUGAUCUGGAACGUACAGAGGAGCGCGCUGAGCUCUCUGAAGGCAAAUGCGCUGAACUUGAGGAAGAGUUGAAGACAGUCACAAACAACCUGAAGUCUCUUGAGGCUCAGGCAGAAAAGUACUCACAGAAGGAGGACAAGUACGAGGAGGAGAUCAAGGUUCUCACAGACAAGCUAAAGGAGGCUGAGACCCGUGCUGAGUUCGCUGAGAGGUCCGUGGCCAAGCUUGAGAAGACCAUUGAUGAUCUGGAGGACAAACUCUAUCAGGCUAAUGAUGAGAACUUUGACAUGUGUCAAAUGUUGGAUCAGACACCCAUGGACCUCAAUAACAUGCAACAACAUGGUCCAUUAUCACACAAGACUGCACCGCUCACCUGCUGUGACCUGGCCCAGCAUUACACCAUGAUCACACCAACACUCACCUGCCGUUGCCGUGGAGGGAUCCUCCGUGCCCUCUUUGUGGAGAUCUCUGGGGCUUGACUGUUUUCUCAGCUCUCAGAGGGGCUGAGAAAACAAACACAAUGGACUUCAACUGGAUGUUAGCUAGACAGCAAAGCAGACAUAUGGCUGAUCAGUCACUUGACUCAUAUACCAUUUAUUUUUGGAUGUUAAAGUGAGAUUUAAUUGAUAAAAUGUGCACGUGAUUUAUUUAAGCUAUUAUAAUGGACAGGAUUACUCUUGACCAAUUAAGCCAUAACCGAAGCCAAGGUUUAUCAUUUGUACUUUUUUAUUCUGCUUUUGUAACUUGUUCCUUAGUUAUUUAUUGUCCAUGUUUCUUUAUGUACAUGUUUUAUAUGUUUGUGCUGGUGCCUCAGUGAUAUACAGUACUUAUAUUUAAAAGAAAGUAAACCAUGUGCUAGAAAGUAAGCAUGUGCAAUAUGUACCUCAAAUCAAAUCAAAUCAAAUUUUAUUUGUCACAUGCACAUGGUUAGCAGAUGUUAAUGCGAGUGUAGCGAAAUGCUUGUGCUUCCAGUUCCGACAAUGCAGUAAUAACCAACAAGUAAUCUAACUAACAAUUCCAAAACUAAUUUCUUAUACACAGUGUAAGGGGAUAAAAAAUAUGUACAUAAAGAUAUGAAUGAGUGAUGGUGCAGAGCAGCAUAGGCAAGAUACAGUAGAUGGUAUCGAGUACAGUAUAUACAUAUGAGAUGAGUAUGUAAACAAAGUGGCAUAGUUAAAGUGGCUAGUGAUACAUGUAUUACAUAAGGAUGCAGUAAGGAUAGAGGAUAGAGUACAGUAUAUACGUAUACAUAUGAGAUGAAUAAUGUAGGGUAUGUAAACAUUAUAUUAGGUAACAUUGUUUAAAGUGGCUAGUGAUAUAUUUUACAUCCUUUCCCAACAAUUCCCAUUAUUGAAGUGGCUGGAGUUGAGUCAGUGUGUUGGCAGCAGCCACUCAAUGUUAGUGGUUGCUGUUUAACAGUCUGAUGGCCUUGAGAUAGAAGCUGUUUUUCAGUCUCUCGGUCCCAGCUUUGAUGCACCUGUACUGACCUCGCCUUCUGGAUGAUAGCGGGGUGAACAGGCAGUGGCUCGGGUGGGUGUUGUCCUUGAUGAUCUUUGUGGCCUUCCUGUAACAUCAGGUGGUGUAGGUGUCCUGGAGGGCAGGUAGUUUGCCCCCGGUGAUACGUUGUGCAGACCUCACUACCCUCUGGAGAGCCUUACGGUUGUGGGCGGAGCAGUUGCCGUACCAGGCGGUGAUACAGCCUGCCAGGAUGCUCUCGAUUGUGCAUCUGUAGAAGUUUGUGAGUGUUUUUGAUGACAAGCCGAAUUUCUUCAGCCUCCUGAGGUUGAAGAGGCGCUGCUGCGCCUUCUUCACGAUGCUGUCUGUGUGAGUGGACCAAUUUAGU